UGCCAGCGCUCGCGACGCACAUGGCGGCUCUUGCCGUGGCCUGCCUACUGUUUCGAGCAUUCGUGUUUUUGACGCUGUGAGCGACGAGAAAGUGACUCGAUGUUGGCCUCGGUGCUUGCAAGGGCGGCUUUGUCGCCUUUAAGAAGUGCAGCUUACGAUCCUGCUCUUCACCGUCCUGAUGUUUCCCUGUUACUCGGUUUGCAGCAAGUGAGAUGGAAGAAAAAGCCCAAGGGCUCUAAACCACGCUGGAUGCCGAUUGCCCCUUCCAAGCUCUUCAGAAUCAACCUGGGCCCCCCGAAAGAUCCAGAAGAACUCGCAGUGCUUCGACGCAUGCACGCUGCCUAUAAAACCGAAAUGAAAGCGAUCAGGAACUUCUGGGGGGAGCAGCACCUGAAGGACCUCGAGCAGGCCGACAAGCACUCGGCCAUAUCCCAAGAGGAAGAGCGGGAGCAUGAACGUCUCCUUGAAGAAAAUGAAAAGGAAAAUCAGAGGGUUGCUUUACUGAGGAUGGAAAGAAACAAGUUGGAAGAAGCAAAGAGAGUGGAGGAACUCAUGCAGAGGGAAGCCGAUGCAAAAGCCAAGCUUGCGCAACUGAAAGAGCAAGUGGACGAGAUUGUGAGACUUGAAAAGGAGAGGAGCUCCACGUAUGUCACCCUUGAGAACUUGGAUGAAGUCAUAGAGUUUGCCAUCGAAAACCCCAUCAGCUACAGCUAUGCCAUUGAUCCACAAGGAAAAGAAAUUUGGGAGGGAACACCUCACUACGAACUGUACAAACAAGGGCCUGCGCAUGCCUAUGCAUUACCCGUAAGGAAACAAUUUUAAGCAGGAGACGAGUAGAAUUGAUGAGGCUCUAGUGCUGUAAAAAUGAGUAUUAAACUGUGCAGGAAUUUCA